GGACCGGGAACGGGACCGGGACCACGACUGGGACAGGGAUCGGGACUGGGACCGAAAUAGGGACAGCCCCUGCUGGGGUGAGCCCUCAGAUCCCCCAGCUCCGGCCGGGGUGCUGCUCUCCCCUGGCAGCUGAGAUCGAGGAGCUUUCCAAGCACCCUGCCAGCUGAAAAGUUAUACUGGGCAUCAUGAAUGUCAAUGAUUUUGUAAUUCUCCCAGGCUCAAAAGCUGGAACCUCAAUGAGAUUAAAAACAAAAACUGUCAAGGAAUUGCAGUUGGAGAAAGCACAGUUAGAAACAGAAAACAGAGAGAUGGAGAAGAGAUUAUGGCAGCUGCAGUCAAACAUGAGCAGAGAAAAAGAAGAGAGGAGGAAGUUAGGUGCUUAUCACUGGAAAUCUGGGCAGGCAGGACCACCAAGGACCACCCAAGGCCAUUUUGUGGCACAAAAUAAUGAAAACAGGAAGAAGGUUUCUCCAGAAAAAGUGAAGUUGCAAAUACUCAAGAACGAGAUUCAAGAGCCAGUGAAAAAACCAGUUAAGCCUGAAAGAAAAAAUGUUGUGUCUCAUGAAAAAUUGGGGGUGAAGGGGAAGGCCUGUGCACCCCCUAAAAUUAAGGGUGAGCUGCUGGAACCAGCCUCAGAACCAGCCUGUGCAAACCUCGGAAAGCAGGACAGAGGAUCCUUGCUGAGUGGUGCCUUUGAUGAGGAGGAGUCUGCAAAGUCUUUUCAGGAAGCUUUACUUCAGUGGAGGAGAAGUAAAAGUGAUCCUGGAGGAGAUCUGUGUGCCAGUGGGGUCCCAUCAGAGCCUGUGGGAGUUUGUGAGGUACAGACCAAUGUUACAGCUCUGAAGGAACCCAUCCAUGUGGAAUUCCAGCAGGAUGGCCUGAGCUACAUGGAGAAACUCCUGCUGAAGAAAUACAGAAGAACUGCUGUUGAUCAAUUUUUUUCAAGUUGCAUGAAAGAUUCAAGGCCUGUGCAAGCCCUGAGUGUUCAUCAGGCUGAGGCUGCAGGAGGGGGACAAGGAGAUGAGGAUGAGGAUGAUGAUGAUGACAUUGAGGAGUUAACAGAUGAAGAGGUGAAGAAAUACUGGGCUUCUGUCUAUAGAGUUGGAGAAUCCAGCACUGUUUGUGAAAAUGCAGAGUCCUCUGUGAAAAUUGAGUUCCUUGAUGAUUCUCCUUGCAAGGAUUUGGAAGAAUCUUCACAUUCUUCAGUGGAGGAAACUGGAGCUGUGGGGAUGAAUAAGCAAGUCAAAGCUGACCCACUGGAGUGUGGAAGCAAUCCUGUUUCUCCUAAAGAAAUCUUUCAAGAAAAACCAAUUGUCUGCAGUGAUCUUGAGAUAAAUGCAGUGCAGGAGGAGAGUGCUGAACCAAAGGCUGGGGGAACAUCACUGAGCUCCUGUGAACUUCCUGAGGAGAUCUCAGACCUCACUAAAAGAAUGAGCAAAGAUCUCCUUGGGACUGAACUGAAGAGCAACACAGAUCUCCUGGAGCCAGAGCUGCAGGAAAGCAGGAGGGAGCCACAAGAACUGGGCAGUGUCUGCAGUAACCACAGUUUGGUCUUGCCUGUAAUUAAAAAAUCUUCAGCAUUACAGGAUGUAGCCAAAAGACAGAAAUGUGGUUCUACAUCAUAUCAGGGACUUGAAGGUUUCUUUGUUGUAGGUACAAACUCUAAACAAGAGAAGCUGGAGGCACCUUCUUCCCUGGCUGCUGCCUCCAGCCCUAGGGACAGGAGGAUCCAUUUGCCAGGAGAUGGGCAGUGGGUUUCUGAAAGGAGCCUAAGUGGAUAUGCUGAUGACUCUGUAGUUCAGGGUGUCUUGGGAAGUCAAGUGAACAGAGCUGAAAAUGCUCUCCAGGCUCAAAAGGAACUUUCUCCUCUGAUGGCAGCGUGGAUGCCACAGCCAGGCCCUGAAAAUCAUUCCAGCUUGACUUGUGAAGAUGAAACCUCCUCCAGCAGAGACUGGGAGAAGAUCUUUGGAAAUGCAGAAAAUUUCCAGAACACCCUGGAGCUGAAAGAUCACGACACAUUUGAUAUUUUUGGGGACUGGGAGGAAAGCCAAAUGGAUGCUGAGGAAGCAAUUCUGGAGGACAAACAGCAGGUGCUGGCAUUGCAGUGAACGUGGAAAGCUCAGUUCAGUCCCACCUUUGUGUGGUUCAAAACCAAGGAGAUCAAGAAAUGUUUUAAGUACUGCUCAAGACAUCAUUUACUAAGGAAUAUUCUGUAAAGCUGUCAUUAAAACUUCUUUCAAAUAGCCUUGAUUUGGCUUUUAUUAUUAUUAUUACUAUAAAGAAAUAACAGAAUAAAGCUGCUCUUGUACUGCUAUUUUAAAGGAUUGCUUUGUUUAUUAUUUUUAAUUCAAUGUAAGUUUUCUUACAAGGUGGAAUUUUGGGUCUCAAAUGUGCUCUUGUGUUGCCAAGCUGGAAGUUUCCACACCAGGGCUAUUGUUGGGAUAAAUUGGGGUUUCUGUAUCAUGCACAGGAGGAGUCCCUAAGGUCAAGUACACUUUGUUUUAGAAGGGACUUGCACCUUGCAGAAUAGAAUUUAACAGCUUUCCACUGUAUAUUUAAUUUUUCCUGCCACACUCCUUCCUAACUCCACCAGGGAGCCCAGACCAGCAGCAAAUCUUUGCUCAGAAUGAAAUAGGAGGAAAUUCCCUUUUUUUACCUGCUCCAAAAUUCCAGUUCAGGGGGAUCUGUGUCCAGGCAAAUCCAGCUGUGCUGUAAGUUGCUGCCUUACAGGCCUUUGAUAAUUAAAAGAACAAAGAGGAAAUGCAGUUUAAAUCAUCCUGGGUGGUUUAAAUUUUAACAAACAGCCCCAACUGUCCUUUUGAACUUGCUGUAUUUGUGUUGUAUAAAAGCUUUUUUCUUCCUCCUCCACAGAAAGUGUAAGGUUUAAUGCAAUUAGUGUAAUUUCUGUAAAAGGUCAUUUGGCCACUGUGGUGCUUUGAUGUAAAGAGGGUUUGGGGACUUUCUGCUCUCUUGUUGAGGAGAUGCUUAAUUGUACCCAGUAAUUGAGUGGCUUUGAAAUUACCUCAGUGGUAUCUUCUGCUAAAUCUUUAGGAUUCUCAGACACAGCAGCUUGCUUGGCUUUAACGUUCUCUUUCCCUUUGUGUGCCUGACUUUUUCCUUCUUUUCUUUGUUUCCUCCACUGUGUUUUUCAAG